GACGCCAAUUUAGACAUUUAGUCUUCAAUCUCAAAUUUCAGUCAACUUUAUUUAUCUCAACGAACCUUCCUAUCCCCUUCCUCAUUCCAAACCCUCAUGCUUAUAAAACCACUAGUCCUCAUUCUAAAAUUCUUGUAUCUAUCGAUCCAUUGUUAAUUGUAUAUACAUCAUCGAUCGCAUACCAUUAUGGACAUCGAUCCAGCCAUCGAACACGACGUUAACUCUUCACCAUACAACAACAGUUAUCACACCAGUACCCCGUCUAGCCCAACACGACUAACUAAGUUGUAUCAAGAGUUUGAAGACAUGUUGAUAGCGAACGAUGCUAACCGCAACAGUUCUUGUGCAGCGGUCCCAUUUGCGUGGGAGGAAAAACCGGGAGUUCCAAAAUCAGUGGUCAGUUUAUUUCAAGAAGAAUUUUCAUUUGAUGUAAGUUGUCAUAUGGAUAGCCAACCUGUCGCCGCGGAUGAUUUGUUCCACCGCGGCGUAAUAAAGAGCGUUCACUCACCAUACGGCGAAGAACCAAAGGUGGAGAGGGAAAGAGGGAGAGAAAGAGGGUUUUCGUCUUCUCGGUUACCUUCAUCGAGAAGUAGAAGAACAAGAUCUUUGCCACCACCUUGCGCGUACAUAUCCGAUCAACGGAGGCAAGAAGUGGCGCCUCCGUCUCGUGUGUCAUCUUCUUCGGAAAGUGGUUCAAGAAAAUGGAGCUUCUUGGAUCUUUUCUUGUUCAGAAGUGCUUCAGAUGGUCGAGCAAUGGACACAGACCCGCUUAAGAAAUACUCGGCCAAUUUUAGAAAACAUGAUCAAGAUGUUAGAAACUCGGGAUCCAUGUCGAAGCGAAGGGGGCGAGUAUCGGCUCACGAGCUCCAUUACAAUGUGAACCGGGCGGUUUCGAAUGAUAUGAAGAAGAAAACAUACUUGCCUUACAAGCAAGGUAUUCUGGGAAGAUUCUCGUUCAAUCCAUAAGAUUUGUAGUGUGUGGUUAUAUAGUUUUUGAUAUCAGGUAGUUGUUUCCUGACCACCUUUAUUGAUGUAAUUCCGUUGGUAACCACCUUUAUCGACGGAUUACAUAUAUUCAUCGUCGUCGGUGAUAUUCAUUUGUUUUUUUUU